AUGCUUGCCCGUCCAGUUCGUGGUAUUGACUGCGGCUUCCCUAAUCAACCGACAUGCCCUCAACAGAGAAACGACCUCAACAUCUUCGCCAGCAAUGGCGUUGGAAACGGAAACGGCAGCGCCACGGAUCCCAGGCGUGUCCAUAUCUCAUCGCCGACUCGCCAACCACAUUUCAAGAGUCACGAUGCCUCAGACACACCACCGCACUCGCCAGCUUGCCUUUCAUUGUCCCAAACACCGGCAGAAACGCCGACAGCCCCACUCUCGGAGCCUCGUAGCGCUCAGACAAUGGCCAGUUGCUGUGCAACAGCAUCGCGAUACACGGGUCGGCCGGGCGACUCCAGCACUACCAGGGCCUGGACGCUUAGAUCCCAAACAUUGACGACUAGCUUUAUCCGGCUAGAGCCUGCUGCUGUGGCCGAACAACUGACGCUGAUUGACAAGGUCAGGCACUAA